AUGAUCAUUCGAAAUGCCACUCCCGAAGAUUUAAUGAACAUGCAACAUUGUAAUUUACUAUGUUUACCUGAGAAUUAUCAGCUGAAGUAUUAUUUCUAUCAUGGUCUCUCUUGGCCACAAUUAUCUUAUGUUGGCGAAGACGAUAAUGGAAAAAUUGUUGGUUAUGUAUUAGCAAAAAUGGAAGAUGAUAAUGAAGACACUGUACCACACGGACAUAUAACAUCACUGGCUGUCCGCCGUAGCCAUCGUCGUUUAGGUUUAGCACAAAAAUUAAUGGAACAAGCAAGUCGCGCAAUGGUAGAAAAUUUUAACGCCAAAUAUGUAUCUUUACAUGUUCGAGUUAGUAAUCGAGCAGCAUUACAUUUAUAUCAAAAUGCACUUGGAUUCAGUAUUCAUGACCGUGAUCCACGUUAUUAUGCCGAUGGUGAAGAUGCUUUUUCGAUGAGACGCGAUUUAACGCCAUUAGUAAAAACAUGA